AUGACGACCGAUUCAAUGGAGCAUCUCGAAAAGGUCAUUGCUCGCCCAUUUAUUGGACCUGGAGUUAAAUAUCUUCGCCUCAUUCUUCCAUACUACCCCUCAGAAAUGGCCGACAGCCGUGUGGUGUUCAAGCAGGUUCAAAUUCGGCGUCAGAUUCGCCUAUGGGAAAGGACGUACCAGCCAGAAUACUACGUUGAGCACCUGCAAGUAAAGGUCGAUAGAGCGUAUGCUGCGUACAAAGAACUCCACAAGCAGCAAGAGGAGAUGAAGCAGAAUUUAGGGGAAAGUCUUGCACAGCUGAUACGGAGGAUGCCUGGAAUAACGCAGUUGGAAAUCUAUGAUGAGCCGGUGACGGGAGGCCUCAAGAUCCUGGGCUGGAAUGCAUCUCAGUCUCCCACUUCAGGAAGGAAACUGGAUACCUCUCUGGACUUCUACAAGGACGUUAUGGAUAACCUCACUGAGAGGUUCACAGUUCCUUUCUUGAGGUGGGGAGACCAUGACUACCUGAAGGGCGACCACGUCCUUACAAUGGAGGACGUCGGUUUCGUGCGCAAGCUUUUGGUCUACCUUGGGACGGCCGGAAUCAAACUCACUCGACUUUCCAUCAAGCCAUCAGCGCCAAAGGACCUCUCAGGUUUCAAAUGCGAUGACGACGAGAAGACUGCUUUGCAAGCCCUCGCGGAAAAUCUCCAACACUUUCACUUUUCGACAGGGAUACAAAAGGAGAACAAGCUCCGGUCGGGCAAGGAGCUGACGGCAGUCAGUUCAUUCAUAAGCCCACUUAGUCGUAUGCCGAACUUGCAAGUGCUUGCCGUGGACUUUGAGGGCAUGAUGAAGGCCAGGGCAUGGUGCACUCACUACACCCCGAUUCUCUCACAAACACCUCAGAGGCCUCUGAAGAAGCUCGCCCUCCGCUACGUCAACAUCAAGGGGCCUGUUUUUGGGAAGUUCCUCGCCAAUUUGAAUUCGUCGCUGGACCUGGUGAUAUACAAGUGCAAGAUGGUCGACGGGACUUGGCGCGAGCUCAUGGACACCAUGAAGGAGUUGGCCGAUCCGGCGAGACCGAGUGGCAAGCGUCUGAGGCUGCGUGAAUUUACGUUCCCCUCUGGGGCCGAAGUCGACUCACUGGGGAGCAAGCGUUUCGGGCACAUUUUCGGUUGGGGGGGGGGGGGGGGAGGUUCAGGCAGGCUUACAGGCAACGGCGAGGAAAGGUUGAGUCUCGCGCGUGCGUAUGUCCUACAAAAGUGCAACGUUGUGGAAAAUCCUCUUAGCACCCCAUCCAUUGUUCAAAUGUUGAAUUCCAACUAG